AUGGCGGCGCUGGAGACGAUCGAGCGCGAGCGAAGGAGCGCGCGGAGUGGUGGAACGACGACCAAGGCGUACGUGAAUAACGCGGAGGGGUUGAAAGCUUCUUUGGAGGACUUUCAGUGGACGCACAAGGCGAAGUGGAUCGAUCACAUGGCGAUCACGGGGACGAAUACCGAGCGCGUGGUGGACGUGAACGACGAUUUGGGUCGGGAGACAUUUUUCUAUGAGCGCGCGCUCGAGAGCGCGAAUGAGUGCGUGCGGAGGUUGAAGGAUCUCGGCAUUCCAGUGCGAAGGCCGGACGAUUACUACGCCGAGAUGGUGAAGAGUGAUGAGCACAUGAAGCGCGUGAGAAGCGAGCUUUUGUUCGAGCAACAGCAGUUGGAGGUUCGCGAGGAGCGCCGCAAGGCGCGCGAGGCGAAGAGAUACGGCAAACAGGUGCAAGCCGAAAAAGUCAAGCAGCGCACGCUCGACAAGAAGGCGCAGAUCAAAAGCCUGGAUAAGUGGCGCAAGCAGCGACAGAAGAGCGGGUUCGCCGAUGACGGUAACGCUCCGUUUGAAGGCGCCGGAGGAGAAGGCAAACGCAAGCGCUCCGAGCGGGACGCCAAGUUUGGUUUUGGAGGACGUAAAAAGACGGCCAAGCGAAACGACAAGUUCAGCGCGAACGACAUGUCUGGCUACAAGCCCUCAUCGUUCGACAAGGACAUCAGAAGUGGCAAGACUGGGGGUUUAUACGUUUCCAGAUCGAGUGGUGGUCGCGGCGGCGGUCGCGGCGGCGGUCGCGGCGGUGGUCGCGGCGGCGGUCGCGGCGGCGGUCGUGGCGGUGGUCGCGGGCGAAGGUAG